AUGGCUGCCAGUGGAGAGGUAGGCAAGCUGUUACAAGUACAGAAUGGGACACCUCCAGCUACCAACUACAGCGGGGUAGAUGCUGUGCACGCCUGCCACAUCCUUCAGCAGCUCAAAGCCUUGUACGAUGAAGCACAACUCACGGAUAUCGUCGUAGAAGUGGACCACGGCAAGACGUUCUCGUGUCACCGGAACGUUCUCGCAGCCAUCAGCCCGUACUUUAGGUCCAUGUUCACCAGCGGCCUUACGGAGAGCAGCCAGCGUGAGGUCCGGAUUGUGGGCGUGGAAUCAGAAUCCAUGCACCUCGUCCUUGACUAUGCCUACACCUCCAGAGUGGUGCUCUCAGAGUCCAACGUCCAGGCCCUGUUCACCGCUGCCAGCAUUUUCCAGAUCCCCGCUCUGCAGGAUCAGUGCGCCCAGUUUAUGAUCAGCCGACUUGACCCCCAGAACUGUAUAGGGGUCUUCAUGUUCGCAGACGCCUAUGGACACCAGGAGCUGAGGGAACGCUCACAGGAUUACAUCCGCAAGAAGUUCCUGUGUGUUUCGCAGGAGCAGGAGUUCCUCCAGAUGACCAAGGAGCAGCUGGUCAGUAUUCUCAACAGCGAUGACCUAAACGUGGAGAAGGAGGAGCACGUCUACGAGAGCAUCGUCCGCUGGCUCGAGCACGACCGGCACGGCCGCGAAGCCGACCUCGCCGAGGUUUUUUCCCAGUGCAUCCGUCUGCCCUUGCUGGAUGAGGCCUUUCUCAGUCGGAUACCCGCCCCUUUCGCCGGCGCCCUGUCGCUGUCCAGAGACCCCGCCGAGGCAAAAGCGCGUCUCGCCGGCACGAACGGCUGUCCGCAGCGUCUGGGCAUGACCGCCUCCGAGAUGGUGAUCUGCUUCGACGCAGCUCACAAACACUCAGGUAAGAAGCAGACUGUGCCUUGCCUGGACACGGCCAACGGGAGGGUGUUCAAGCUCUGCAAGCCGCCCAAUGACCUCAGAGAGGUCGGCAUCUUGGUGUCGCCGGAGAACGACAUCUACAUCGCCGGCGGCUAUCGGCCGAGCAACAGCGAGGUUUGCAUCGACCACCGAGCAGAGAGCGACUUCUGGCAGUACGAGCAUGCGGGAAACCGGUGGCUCCCGCGCGCGCCGCUGCUGCGGGCGAGGAUCGGCUGCAGGCUGGUGCACUGCUGCGGGAAACUUUAUGCACUGGGAGGCAGAGUUUACGAAGGGGACGGCCGGAACGCAUUAAAGUCGGUAGAGUGUUACGAUGCCAGAGAUAAUUGUUGGACAGCAGUCAGCCCUAUGCCAGUUGCCAUGGAGUUUCACAGCGCUGUGGAAUACAAAGACCGCAUCUACGUCCUCCAAGGCGAAUAUUUCUUCUGCUACGACCCCCGUAAGGACUACUGGAGUCAUCUAGCCCCGAUGAGCGUCCCUCGGAGUCAAGGCCUGGCCGCCCUGUACAAGAACUGCCUCUACUACAUCGCUGGAAUCUGCCGGAACCACCAGCGCACCUUCACAGUGGAGGUCUACGACAUAGAGAGCAACACGUGGAGCCGAAAGGGAGACCUGCCCUUUGACCAAGCCACGAGCCCAUACAUCAAGGCCAUGUUGCUGCAGGGGAAGCUGCACCUGUUCGUCCGUGCCACACAGGUCAUGGUGGAGGAGCACGUGUUUCGCACCAGCCGCAAGAACUCCCUUUACCAGUACGACGACGAGGCAGACGCCUGGCCCAAAGUCUACGAGACCCCCGACCGUCUUUGGGAUCUGGGCCGCCAUUUUGAAUGUGUGGUGGCCAAACUUUACCCCCAGUGUCUACAGAAAGUGCUUUGAGCAGAAAUGAUGUGAACCCAAUCUUAUCAGGCGGGGGGGUUGUUGUUGACGGUCCCGCCCGCCCGCCCGCCUGCCUUGUGCCUGGUGUUACCGUGGGUUUUACACCAUGCGGACCAUUUUUUCUGUUGAGUCUUAAGUUGUUAAAACUUUGGUUUAACAUGAUCAAAAUGGGGGUGCUUUUAAAGAUUGCAGUAUUUUUUUUCGUUUUUUUUGUUUUUUUUGUUUUUCUAGCCAGCACCAACUACACACACUGAAGCAUGUUUCACAAAACGCUACAAUGAAUCAUAAGUGCAAUUAUCCUUUUUUCGCUUGUUGUUGAGCCAUGUUUUUCUGUUGUUGUUUGAAAUGCAUAAAAGGUAUUGAUUUUAUUUUUCUCCUAAUGUUAGGCAUGCUGAUGAGGGUGCUGAUAAGAUGAAACGCCCUUCUAGAGAUAAGGAUGCUAUGUGUCACUAUAAAGUGAAAAAUUCUCUCUAUAUAAAUAACUAUAUAAACUAAAUUCAUACGGGUAAGGUGAGUACCAUGGCUCAUUAGUAGGUCGCUAACUCUGAGGUUUUUGUUUUCGCUGUCCAUGCCUCUCUUUAGCUUAUUUUUUUUUUUUUAGAAACGUAGUUUUAUUGUAAAGCGUGUUUGUGUUUUUACGUUCUUAGUGUUUGAAAAUUCAAAAGCAAGUUUUAGUUCGUAGGCAUGGGCCUCUACGGUAACCUGCAGUGAAAAUAGUUUCACAGUAUCACAAUAUUGACACAAAAAUUUAAAACAAAAAAAUCUCUAAAAUCAAAUUAAGUUUAUUUAAAGUGGAUAAAUCUAUUCUACUGCUGCAAAAAUAUAUUUAAUUCUGUUACAAUGUUAUCUGGACCAUAUGUUUAUAGUCUGGUUUUGGUUACAGACUUCAACCCAAAUAUAAAAUAUCCUCUAUAUUUAGUAGAUCACAAGUGCUUUUUGUGCAGAAUAUUGAACCUUUUUGUUAUUCUGCUCAUUAUAGACUAACGCUCUAUAUUAGCUGACUAAUUACUGUAUUUUAAAGACUAUAAGUGGCUCCGGGAAUAUACAUCGCAUCGGUCAAAUGUCAUUUAGAAAGAAAAAAAAACAUGUUGCACCAGACUAUACGCGUUUAUUUAGACAUUUGACAUAAUUCAAGACUAAAAACUGACGUUUAAUCUAGUAAACCAAUUUAUUAAACUACACAGCUGCAUCCACAACCGGCUGAAUAAGCUGGAGCAUACCUGGGAGCAUAAAUGGGGUAAAUAAGCAGCUCCAACCAGUAAGGUUUUAUCCAGCCCUUUCAGUGUAACAUACCACACGGAUAUUUCAGAGCCCAGUAACAGGGUUCUGUCCUGCCAGCUGCACGCAACGCUCCACUGCGUGAAUGCACACUGAAAUAGUUAAACGGCAUACAAAUGUGUUCAGUCUUUUCCAUAGCUUGGCCGCAGGAUCGGCCAAACUAUGGAAAAAAAUAAACGUUCUACUUAUAGUCUGAAAAAUACCGUAGGCUACCUGCUCUGCUAAGGUGAUACAGCUGCUACAGACGUGCUUCUUAGUUCGCUCCCUAGUUUUUAAGCAGGUAGCUAAAGGAAAACACACAGCAGCAUCGAACAAGCGGCAGGAAAAUGAGCAAUUAUUUCCCAUCAAUCAAGUCGCAGCACCAGGCGAUACUUUAAACAUUUUCUGCUCAGGUGCAUGGACACUUCCCGAUAAAACUGUCCGAUGCCCGGGUCCAGUAAUCUGCUGUCUCUGAGGGUUAAAGUUGCCAAUUGAUGCAAGGCGUCUGCUGAAAUCCUUGUUUCAGCUGGCUAAAAGGCAGUGCACAGCAACAGGUGGGGGAGGGGUGCUGCUGCGUGGCUCUGCUACAUGCCUGGGUGUACACCUCAGAGAUGUUACUCAGAGGACUUACAGAUGUAAGCAUAAGCCUUCCUUGAACCCGGCGCUUUUUAAAGCCUUGUUAUACCAGUAGCCGGCCCAUGCCUAGAUCGCUUUAUGACCCCCCCCCCCCCCCCCCUUUCUUCACAAGCGUUGGAGCUAAACUCUUUCUGUGGUCCCAAUAGGCCGUGGCUCGCGCUUCCCACUUUGUUGAGUUGGCUUCUGUUGUUUUUCAUAUGCAAAGAUGUUUUAAGUGAAGUCUUAAGCGUAUUCACUCUCCACAUUGGAGAAAUAAGGACAGAGUCAAAUUUUGUGCUAACACUAAGUGGCAAGUUCCUACCAACUAACAGGUUACCUCAGAUUUAUUUGACUUGGAGUAAAGGGAUGUUUUCAGGCCUUCUGUUUUUUUGUUUGUUUUGUUUUUUAAACAGAGCAGCUGUGUAAAAAAGCUCCGUUUGGCAUCAGGACGUCAGGUCGGCUGUUGGCCUCGUGUUGUAAUUUUGUAGAAGGUUGACAGAAUGCCAUAAAAAAAAACAAAAAACAUUUGAGGUGUCGAUAAUAGUUGUCGUGGACAUUUGAAACUAAUUUUGUGGUAGCAAUAAAUCAAGGAACUGUGAUUAGGCUUUAUUAUCCUGUAUUACCGUAGUGCAUUAAUGUUUUCGUUUUGCUUGUCUCUGCUCGUGGAAGAAAAGGAAAAAAAAAAAAUUGGUAGUAACUAGUACCAGUACUUGUUUGGCUGUCGCUUGGGUGCGGACUUGGACUGACGUGUAAUUUGGUGCAAGAUUAUGUGUGAUGCCAAUGUGCCUGUGGCUAAAAGGAAGAAAAAAAAAAGGGGGGGGGGCAUCAGAAUCAAAAACCCACAUCUCCUCAUGAAGAACAUCUGGAACGUCAGCUCGCCAUUGCACUGAGUUACUGUUCACCUCGGCUGCAAACGUUACGGAGCAGCCUCUCAAACGAGACCCUGGGUCUGGAGUUUUGGGCCGUCUCGCUUGACGGCCACGGAUCCUCGUCGUUUCUCGCCAUCACUCGGGCACGAACCGUUGGUGCUGCUUUUUUUUAGACAAUCUCGUGUAAAAAGAAACCCACAAUCGACUGGUCCUCCCCGUCAAAACCAAUUUGAUCUUCAGCCUUCAGUUUUCUCAUGCAGGUCUUAUUUUUGUUUUAUUUUUUUAUUUUUUUUGUGUGUGUGUGUGUGUCUCAUCUCUGCACUGCAUGUGUUUGACCUAACCAGAGAGAGAGUGCCCCUUUAUUUUCUAAAAAAA